UGCGCGCAGAAAAGUUCCUCAGCGCGCCCAAAAAUAGCAGAAGAAAAAAAAAAGUGCGUCCGAAAAGGCGUUUUUUUGAAAAAGGCAUGUGUAGAGAGAAACCUUAAAAAAAUCGAGUUUCAGUCGCUUGCUCCAGUUUUUGCUAUUUGCGCGUCGCCCGACCAUGCAGGCCGCCCGCGACCUACUCGUUCGCGGCGCAAAAAUGCGUCGCGCCCAGCGAGGCCUGUUUCACGGCAAGGAAAAGCUAUACGGGAAUAGACCUACUUUCUCUCACCGAAUGACGCGGCGCACUUGGACGCCAAACAUUCAGAGAAAAAAACUAUACAGCGAGCUGCUGGGGGUCCACUUCAGAAUCCAAGUCACCACACACGCACUUCGGUGUAUAGACAAGGCUGGGGGUCUGGACAACUACCUUUUGCUCACGUCCGCCAGAAAGCUGGACAGCGAGUGUGCGCUCAAGGUGCGGAAGUUGCUGAUUCCCGUCUGGCAGAAGGUUAAUCAGCGGCCCUUCAACCGGCGACAGCUGGUGUUCGAGAGGCGCCUGAGGGCGAGGGUCUCCAAGGGCUACAUUGGUCGGGAGGAGGCGGAGGCGCGGAUCGAAAAAAGCCGGAGGGUGGCCGAGAGUCGAAGAUGGUGGAAAGACAUAAAGAAUAAAAAUGAGUCGGCGAGUUCGGACGUCCUGCUCGAAGAGAGGGUUCGUCGCGCGGUCGGCCAGUCGCAGGACGCCGUGGAGAAUAAAACCACGACUGAAUAAGACGGACUCCGGGUUGCUCGGCUCUGUGAAAAAGGGGGGGGAAGUCGCUCGAGCGCCGUGGAGGUUUUGUGGCCGUAGGCCAUCCGACCGGCGGCGUUGGGUAAGAGGCGCGCGGAGGCGCCAGACUUUGACACAGGCGGGGUGACGCCGCGGUCGGCAUAAGUACGCUUCGAGUGAAUCGACUCGUCUUUUCGUAAAUAAUUGCUUGUAUAAAAAAAAUAGCGAAGCGAUUUUUUUUUUGAUCGAGGCUGUUCCGACUAUUCUGUCGCUCAGCGUGCUGGGCGGGCCAUACCUAUCAAACCCGGCGCAGUCUCCUGCCAUGAAAUGCCUCCCGGCCAUCUAGCCUGUACACGCGGGAAAAAGAAGCGCGUCCGAGGCUCGGCGGCCUCCUCGGAUGCGGCGACCGAGGCGUCGCACGAAACGUCGUGCGGAGGAAGCCACGCCAGGUUUUCACCGGACCAGGGCCGGACCAGGGCCUCUUCGCAGGCGGACGGCGAAGGCGCACCCAAGAAAAAAGCCAAGCGGUGUUCGCAUCUGGCUUGGAAGCAAGUGAAGCCUGCCAACGACGUGUUUUUUCAAGAAGCUGGAUUCAUGAGGCUCGAAGAGUUGCAAGUUGACCCGUCUCUUUCCAGCCAGCAAUUGAAGGCGUUGAUGCGAGGGGAAGGCACGGUCGUAAACGACGAAGAGCCGAGGGAGAUGCCCUUCUUGCCUGAAGACACCGUAGACGACGAGUUGGACGCGCUCCCGACUUGCGACUCCGAAAAGGGUCGAGACGACUCGACGGCCUCGCCUGGCGCUGCGAAAGCGAAGCAGGGCCUCGCGGAGCCGCCAAGUCGGACUUCGAAGGCGGCCAAAGAAGUCGAUGCAGCAUCGAAAUCGCCGAAUCAGACCUCCGACGCCGUCGCGGCCAGACCUUCUGACCAAAGGAAAUUCGCGAAAAGGAAGUGCGGCGUAGCCGUUCCGGAAGAAAAACUCAAAGCCGCGAGCAGCAAACUGGCCGAAUGGACGACUCUGUAUCAUCUGGAUUCCCGUCUGCUGUACGCUCUCAAAAAAUGCAAAUUUUUAACCCCCACGAACAUACAAAAAAUAGUCAUACCGCAGGCGUUGAACUCAAGAUGCGACAUCAUCGGCUCGGCGGAAACGGGCUCCGGAAAGACCCUCGCGUUCGGACUGCCCAUUGCCCAUCAAAUUCUGGAAAUUUUAGGAAAUCGCGAAGCGUCGUCCGGCCGAGACGACCUCAAGUGCCUGAUUUUGGCGCCGACGCGCGAGCUAGUGCUGCAGAUAGCGGACCAUUUGGCUCAGAUAACGCGGUAUGCACCCAUUCGGAUUGUUUCCAUCAUAGGCGGGAUUUCGAUGGCCAAGCAGCUUCGCCUGUUGUCCUCUCGUCCGGACAUUUUGGUGGCCACGCCUGGUCGGCUCUGGGACGUGACAAGCACCGGCUCCUUCUCCAACUGUGGAAUGAACUUAGGCACCGUUCGGUUCCUGGUGUUCGACGAGGCCGACAAGAUGGUCGAAGACGACAGGUUCGACGAAAUUUCCUACAUUCUUCGUUCUGUUUACCAAUCUCGCAGAGACCUCCUCGGCUCUGCCACCUCUUGCCCGAUCAAACCUAUUCAAACAUACGUGUUUUCCGCCACCAUGUGUAUAAACAGCCGUCAGUUCGACGAGAUCGACCCCAAAACCGCCAGAACCCUCCUUCCCUCGAUCAGCGCCGUCGCCUCCAGCAAGCUAGACUGGAUGCGAGCGCUGUCCAAAACGUUCAAAAGACUGUUCGAAUAUGUCGAGUUCCAGCGCGAAGUCAAGGUCCUGAGCACCGACAGCCAAGACCUGUGCACGGACGGCCUACAAGAGGCUAAAAUUUUUUGUGUAAACGAGCAAAAACUCACCUAUUUGUACUACUUUUUCCUUCGGUACAAGGGCCGCACGCUCGUCUUCGUCAACUCCAUCUCCAGCAUCAAGAAAAUAAUCGACUGUCUGCGCCUACUCGGGGUCCCUUCCUGGGGGAUGCACGCCAACAUGCAGCAAAGACAAAGGCUGAAAGUCCUGAGCAAAUUUCGCUCCGACGCCAAUUCGGUGCUGAUUUCCACGGACCUUCUCUCCAGAGGUCUCGACAUCCCUUCAAUAGACUACGUCAUCCACUACCACGUCCCGUCUAGCGCAGAGCUCUACGUCCACCGCAGCGGGAGAACCGCCAGGGCCUACAACCCCGGCAUAGCGCUUGUGUUCGUCGGCCCUUCCGAACGUCCCGCGUUUUCGAAAAUCACCUCUUCGCUGAACCGAAACUUCCCGGACUUUCCGGUCGAGAUGGACACCUUUGUUCCGGCUCAGGAACGCGCGUCCGUCGCCGAAGAACUCUACUCCCUACAGAACCGGCGCACUCUAGAAAGGUCUCGAGGUGGCUGGAUCAAAAAACUGGCCGACGAGCUCGACGUCGAUAUACCCAGAGAACUCCGCGAGCCCACCGACGAAGCCACUCUAAUCCAAGAAAGACUAGAGCGCGAACGCCGCCUCAAUCGCAUCGACCAACUGAAACACGACCUAAAAGCCCUGCUCAAGCAACCCAUCCUCCUCCACGGCGCCUCGAAGAGCUACAUCACGAAAGACCGCUCGCUCAAGGACUGGCUCGACAACGACCGCUCGGAUGUCGCUCAAGCCAUCGACCAAGUCAAGUCCAACAAAAAGGCGCACUACUCUACCGAAUUCCUAAAAAGACUCCAAAAAAAAAAAAAACUACUCGCCUAAUAAAACUUUUUUGUACAGUUGA